AUGACGCCAUCUAUUGGCGUUGCUGAGUUUUACAAAAACAAAACUAUAUUUGUCACCGGGGGAACGGGAUUUUUGGGGAAAGUUUUGGUGGAGAAAUUGUUAAGAUGCUGUCCGGAUUUAAAGAGAAUGUAUUUAUUAAUGCGACCUAAGAAAGGGCAGAAUAUUGAAGAGAGGCUUGAAGAUUACUUCAACAGUAGGGUAUUCGAGAUUCUUAAUGAAAAAUCACCAAAGUCUUUCGACAAGGUCACUGCAAUUCGUGGAGAUAUUCUCCAGGAUAAUUUGGGAAUCUCCAUUGAAGACUGGGACAAAUUAACGAGGGAAACUGAGAUUGUGUACCAUUGUGCUGCUUGCGUUAGAUUUGAUAUGCCUAUCCGUGAUGCUGUAAACAUGAACAUUACGGGAACCGACAGAGUUCUGAAGCUUGCUGAUGAUAUGGAGAAGCUUGAGGUUUUCGUCCAUGUUUCUACAUCAUAUUGUCGAUGUGAAGUAAGGAAUUUAGAAGAGCGUCUGUACCCAGCUAAGCAUAGACCACAAGACAUCAUGAACUGCGUCCAAUGGAUGGAUGACGAGCUUUUGAAACCUUUGGAGCCAAAAUUAAUUGAGCCACAACCGAAUACUUACGCGUACACCAAAUCAUUAACUGAAGAGCUAGUUGCUCAAAAAGCGGGUAAAUACCCCAUUGUGAUAGCAAGGCCAUCUAUUGUGACUGCUGCUGAAAAGGAACCCUUACCAGGUUGGGUUGACAAUCUGAACGGACCCACGGGACUUUUAGUGGGUUCUGGAAAAGGUCGUCUGUUCGUUCAUGAGUUUCCUUUCUCCGUCUGUCUGUGGUAUCCUGAUGGGACAGCCAAAAGCUCCAAAAUACACCAUAUGAUAGCAGCUUUCUUCCUUCACGUCUUGCCAGCGUAUUUCAUUGAUUUCCUCAUGCUUCUGAUGGGACAGAAAACUUUCAUGGUGAAAGUACAAAAACGAGUGAGCUACGGCCUGAACGUGCUUCAAUACUUCACAAUAAACGAGUGGUUUUUCGAAAACGAUUACUACAAGUCGCUGAAAGAAAGAAUAUCGAAAUCUGAUAACGACGUUUUUUACACGGAUUUGUCGACACUCAAUUGGAAUAAGUAUAUGCAGAGUUACGUAAAGGGUGCCAGAGAAUUCUGUUGUAAAGAGGAUGAUAGUACUUUACCCCAAGCGAGGAAACUUCUUAAUCAGUAA